AUGUCGCAGGCGGCCGAGAAUUAUCUGCGGCAUGCUGGUGUGAACAAUCCACGAAGUGAGCUUUUUCCACGCGCGCGACAGCGUCUGCACGUGCCUGAACUGUCAUUACCUCAGACCACGGACGCCACGGAGCACUUACGGGCGUGGAUCGAAGAAUGCGACGCUGUGCUGGUGGCUAUUGCGGCCCGGAAAGAAGCGACGGCUCAAUUCGACGAGUGGUAUGCAGAUAAGUACUUACGUAGACAGCCUCCUGGCAUCUUGGAGUCCGGCAUCCUGGCGCCCGCCAAGAGGAAAUGA